AUGCACACUGUACCGGAGGGCUGCAGCUCCCCGCGUGCCGAUGAGCAGACUAAGCUGAUGCGCCAACAACCGCAUGAGAACGGCACCAAACCGGCGAUAUUGUCGGAAGCGAGCGCGCUGCUCGCUGCAAUGAGGCACUGGGAGGAGCAGCUCGCGCAGCGCCAGCUCCCCAUCGACAAGCGAGAUCAAAACACACCCGACGACUGGGUGCCUCGUCAUCAGGCGAUGGUGCGUCUCACGGGGAGGCACCCGUUCAAUGCCGAGCCGCCACUAUGUUUGCUAGAUCAGGAUCUCACGAGCCAGGAACUUCACUAUGUACGGAACCAUGGAGCAGUCCCGCAUCUGACCCUGGGCACGCACCGCAUUCAUAUCAGUGGCCUGGUAGAACGUCCGGGCGCGUUUUCUGUAGAGGAACUGCUCGCGCUGGGGGAGCUCGUCACGAUCCCUGUGACCCUCGUGUGCGCUGGCAACCGGCGCAAGGAACUCAAUCAAAUACGCCAAAGCAUUGGUUUCCACUGGGGUGCAGGCGGCGCCUCCACGUCCUUCUGGACAGGGGUACGUUUGGCGGACGUCCUCCGUCACUGCCAAGUCUGUGAAUCUCCGAAAGCCCGUUAUGUAUGCUUCACUGGUGCUGAUGAGCCAGCGAAAGGUCCGUACGGUACUAGUAUACCGCUCGCGAUGGCGCUGGAUCCGCACGCUGACGUACUCCUAGCGGUUGCUCAGAAUGGAGCGCCUCUACAUCCGGACCAUGGGUAUCCUGUUCGACUUUUGGUGCCAGGAUGGAUUGGCGGGCGCAUGGUCAAGUGGCUGUCCCAUGUUGAGGUUUCAGACCGCGAAUCGCAGAACCAUUACCAUUUUUUUGAUAAUCGCAUCAUGCCCCCACACGUGGAUAAGGAGCGCGCCGACUCGGAGAAAUGGUGGUAUCGCCCCGAGUACCUUUUCAACGAGCUGAAUAUCAACUCGGCGGUAGUGCGCCCGCUGCACGAUGAAUUGCUUCCGCUGCACCAUGCGAGCGAGCAGCAUUCCUAUCGUAUCGAAGGCUACGCCUACAGCGGCGGUGGCAGACCCGUCACGCGUGUGGAGAUCACUUUCGAUGACGGUCAGCUUUGGAAUCUGUGCGAGCUGCGGCAUCCUUUUGAGCCGAACGCAGCCGGACGGCAAUGGGCCUGGAGUCGCUUCAGCUUCAAUGCAUCACUCGUGCAUUUGCUGUGUUGCACCGAGUUUGCAGUCAGGGCCUGGGAUAGCAGCAACAAUACACAGCCGCAUCGCUGGACCUGGAACGUCAUGGGUAUGGGCAAUAAUGCGUGGUACCGCGUGCGCGUCUCACCGGUACCCGAUCCCGGCACCGGACGUAUUUCGCUGCGUUUCGAGCAUCCUACAGUGCCGGGGCCGACGGCUGGCGGCUGGAUGGGUUCCAGUACUGUCCCAGGAGCGUCGCACUCGGGGCAGCAACCAGCUGUGCCUGCACCAGCAACAGAACAUGCACUGCGAGACGCCCCGGAGGCGAAGCGCGACAUCGCCCAAAUGGCUGAGCGGGUGCAGAUGCCACCUGUGCCGAACGCAGUUGGCAGCACGGUGCAUGGCUCCAAUGUGUACCAACAAAUGAUGCGCAAAAAGACCGCGGAAAAGCUCCAGCAGGCGCAACAACGCCUCUAUACAAGCGCCCAAGUUGAGCGGCACCAGAGUGAGACCGAUCUUUGGAUCGUAGUGCGCGGUCGUGUCUACGACGUGACGCGCUAUCUGAACGAGCACCCCGGUGGCAAGGCGGCGAUCAUGAUGAAUGCCGGACAGGAUUGUACCGAAGACUUUGAGGCCAUUCACUCCGAGAAAGCCUGGAAGUUGCUGGAUGACUUUUACAUCGGAGAAUUGGCUCCUGCUGGGUCAUCCGCAGAUGCGUCGCUCUCGUCGUCGCCUCAUCUGGCGUAUACGGACUCGUCGACGGAUCUGCUGCGGGAGCAGUUCUCCAGAGACGCAGUCAUUCACGCCGAUGCCGCUGACGGCGCCUGUACCGAGAGUAUCGAUGGAUGCCGCCCGGCAUUAGACCCAAAGAAAUGGAAGGACUUUGUGCUCGCCAGCAAGUCGUAUAUCACGAAGAACACGGUGCGACUGCGCUUUGCUCUACCUGAUGUCAACCAAGUGCUGGGUCUGCCUACAGGGAAUCAUUUGCUCAUUCGGGCGCGAAUUGAGAACAAGAAUGUCGCACGGGCGUACACACCGACGAGUCUCGGCCACGAAGCCGGCUUCUUCGAGCUUGUGAUCAAAGUGUACCGCGCGGGCGCGCAUCCUUCAUACCCGUCUGGCGGGAAAAUGUCGCAGUAUCUGGAACUGCUUCGUAUUGGAGACACGGUGCAGGUCAAGGGCCCACUUGGGCACUUUAGCUACGUCGGACUUGGCGCGUACAUGUUACAUGGACGAGCUGGAAGGGCGCGGCGGUUCGCUUUUCUUUGUGCAGGCAGUGGCAUCACGCCAGCGUUCCAGGUGAUGAAAGCAAUCCAGGUUGAGCUUCAAGAGCAUGCGAAACAGUCAUCUACACCGUUUCUGGAUGCUAUAUACCUGGUCUACGCGAAUCGAAACGAGGACGAGAUUCUGCUCUUCCAGGAACUCGAAGCAUGGCGCCAGUGCGAUGCGCGCUUUCAGUUCUGCUACGUACUGAGUCAACCGUCGGAAGCCAUUUCCAAAACGUUUCCGGAGGCUGUCGUUGGCCACGUGAAUCAGGAGCUGCUGGCAGCCCGUCUACCGGGGCCACGUAGUGAUCUUAUUAUCGGCAUUUGUGGUCCAGCGGGAUUUCAGGAUGAUGCGUGCAUUCCGGCACUGAAAGCUCUGGGAUAUACUUCGGAACAGUUUUUUACGUUCUAA